AUGUAUGGCCAAGUCAAAUAUCAGAGGAUAGAACAUCCUAGAUAUAAUUUAGAUGAAAAGCUUUAUCUCUUGGGGUUAACGGAUGACCCGAGUUGGCCCAAAGACGAUGAAUUGUACGAUAUAACGCACAUUUUUAAAGCAUUGUCCAGCCAAAUGGACGCCAAGGAUAUCGUCAAGACAAAAGAAUGUGGAUUCUAUGAGUUUACUCACGCUUUAGAGGUCAAUAAUAAAAAAUUAGAUACUAGUUCUAUUCCUUUAAAGCAAGAAGAGAUACAUUUCGAUUGUAAUAAACCACAUGGUGAGACCGAAGAAGAAAGAAUCAACUUCGUCACAGCAAUUGCCAGCAGGCUAUUGAGAUCGAUCACGACAUGGCUCAAUGACCACCAGACCUUCCCUGCAACCGUUCUAAGUUGCCGGUACAUCGAACAUUUUUUAAUACAGUUAUACUCUUUACCUGGAACCAUAGAUAUUUUAAAAACUGGAGAUGAAUAUUAUGACACAUUCCUUAACACUUGCACUGCUUCGGUAUGUUACUUCCUGAGCUUCGUUAGUAACAUCCAAGAAACAUCGAUAUUGUACGAGGAUGAAGACUUGAGCUUUGAUCCCAUGGCACUCGAUUCAUUUCAUCUCCUAAGAAAUCAGGCCGUUAUUGCUAAAAAACUAGAAGACAGCAUAAAGAUUCUAUCUUCGCCACAAUAUCUAAAUAAAAAUGUGAAGGAUUUAAUAAAUUUAAUGCAUAUUUUUUCCUCGUUGAUUCAUAUUGAAGAUUUAGUAUCAAAGUAUUCAGAAGAUUCAGAAUACCUGGAUAAAAUUAUCACGGUUUCUGACGAUUUAAAUGUCUCGUAUGACUGGAGUCGUAUGCCUCCAAAUGGUUCCUUUUCAAUGAUAGCUCAAAAAACACUAUCUAAUAAUAGUCCCGUACAUUCUAUAGUCGAACCAGUAAACUCUUUCAAUGGAUGGAUUGAUUUGGCAAAAGAUCUAAAAUUGGCGAUUAGUGUUUCCCAAAGUAAAUCGCCAAUUGAAUUUUUACAAUUCGUUAAUUUCUUCACGAGAACUCAAGAAAGACAUCCAUUGUCAAGAGCAGUCUUUCUUUUAUUUUAUUCUAGAAAGAAUGGGAAUAUUAUUGGCAAAUAUGGCAAGAAUGAAUUUGUAGACAAGAUUUGGAGGGAAUUCAGUACUACAGCUACUGCUAUCGAUCUCCAAAAUGAACUUGUCUUUCAAAACCUAAGUUUAGUAAUAGAUCAUUGCUAUACGGCAGUUACUGAAUGGAUAAGAAAUCUGACAAAUAACCAUGCUAGAGCAAGAAGAUGCAUUGGAUCGCGUAUCGAAAUGUGGUCUGAUAUAGAAACUCAAACGCAUACAGUUGAACAAUACCUACAUAAACAGCCACUACCUGAUAAUAUAGAUAGUGCAAAAAAAGCGUCACAUCUGUGGCCUUUGACUUUAUGGUCUCGUGCAAUGAAAAAUAGCACCAUUAUUGACUAUUCCUUGAGGGGUUUUGAGCUUGAAUUAUAUCAACCAUUUGAAUGUAUGGAAAUGACAUGGUUUGUCUCCCACAUUGCAUCUGAGAGUGAUGAAACGUUACGAGAAGUAGAAAAAAUUUUAAAUUCCAAGUUUAACCAAAUUUCUGAAUUAACUGGUCAGCUAUUGAAAACGAAGCAGAACGUAAAGAAACUGAACUCAUACAAACCCCAACUAGCAAGAAACAUAAAAUAUUUAAAAUACUUACGCGCUCAUAAUAAUGUUUUAAGAAAACUUUCCAUUUUCCAAACUUAUCAAUUUGGAAUCUUAAAAUCAUAUGGAAUUAUUGAUAAUAAUGAACUUAAAGAAUUGCCUUUUGUUAGUUGUGAAUUGUUACAUAAUUUAAGAUUCAAGAAACUAAUAGGCACCAAGUUUAUGAAGAAAUUAACUUAUGCUGCUUUUCAAAAGUUUCUCAACCAAUAUGUUAUCAACGGCCCAGAGUUCCAAGAGAAGCUGCAAAAGGUCGUGGAAGAAAUGAAAUUGGCAUUAGCAGAUGCUAGGAUCGAUGUAAAAGAAAUAAUCCACUCGAUAAACAAAGGUGAUGAAGAUACUUCAAUGCUUACUGGUACAAGACUUGUUAAGGAUGAAGCAUUAUCUUUUUAUGAAGAGUUAGAAAAUUCAAUAGAACUGCUUGGUAAUAAUCUUGAUACCAUCACGGUUAGUUUACCGGAGACAGUAUCAGGAGAUUUAAAACAGAAAUUUUUUGUGAAGUUGAGAUAUGAUAAAGGCAGUUGUCCGUACUUCCCAAUAUUGACUUUACUUGAGAAGCAAUAA